AUGCGGACCUCGACGCAAAAUCCCGAUGAGGGUACGUUUGCCUUGACCAUCGAUCAGGACGGGUCGGUGGAGAGAAAAGGGACAUCCGCAAGUGGCGCGCAACCACACAACGUUUCUGUGUCAGGUCUAAUGAAGGCCCUCAUUCCCGCAUCAAUCAUCAUCCUGGUGGUCUUCUGGAUUAACGCGUCUCAAGUGAACGGUAUUUUCCUUAAUCAAGGAAAGUAUGUGAAGAGAGCGAAAGUCGCCUUGGCAGACUUUGAUGGCGGCGACUUUGGCGAGGCCUUGAGGUUCGCAGCAUCAUCGAAUAACCAGUCCUACGGAUAUCCAACCUUCGUCAAUAUCGAUACUUCGCGAGUGUUGCCCGAGCAAAUAAGGCACGAUGUCUUCGAGGGGAAGUACUGGGCAGCGAUUGUUGUGCAACCUGGAGCUUCGACUCGGUUUGAGGAAGCGAUAAACGGCACGGCCUCUUCGUAUAACGCCAGCGAUGUCUACACUUGCUAUUCGAUGACGAGCAGAUACUACAGCUUGUACGCUUCAGGCAUUCAAUCAUCGGCAAUCACUGUCACAUCCACAGCAGCCGGUAUUUUCAGCGCUCAAUUUGUCACACAGGUGAUUGCCAGUGGGCAUUACUCAAACACUAGCGCGGCAGCAAGCGCUCUUGCAGGGCCAGCACAGCUUGUUCUUACCAGCGCGGCAUCACAGGAGUUCGAACACUUUGAUGGCAAGCCCAUCGUCAACACCAUCGGUGCGGUGUUUCCCGUUCUUAUGCAAUUCUUUUUCAUCAUGGCAUGGAACGGAAUUUGCAACAGCAUGCAUAUCUACGCCGCAUACAAUCUACGGAAGCACAUUGUCGCCCGCCUUAUCUAUAGCACCAUUUGGCCUAUAUUCACCAGCCUUUGCUCCGCAGGAUGGACCUUCGGAUUCAGAGGCCAAUUCGACUCCGAUGCGAAGAUGUUCUUCGCCUUCUGGGCUGUCACAUGGGUGUACAGCAUGAUCAACUUUGACGCGUUGGACAUUAUGACUGGCUUCGUUCCCAUGGCCUUUACUCCAUUCGUAUUUCUGACGUGGGUAAUCUUCAACAUGGCAGCAUCUCUCGGACCUCCAACCAUUCUUAACCCUUGGUACCGCCUAAACUAUUUUUUUCCCUCGUUACACUGGUAUCAAACCUUCGUUACGAUUAUCUCAGAGGGCGGUGUGAGUCGGCUUCACUACACUCUGCCGACGCUUGCAGGGUGGCUUAUCCUCCUUAAAGCUAUUUCUCCUUUGGCUACGAAAUACCGGGUGAAGAAAGCUCAAAGAGUUUUCCGUUAUUAUAAUGAGCGGGAUGCUCUUGAUGCGCCUCAUUAA